AUGGCGCGCAGAUAUGAUUCAAGAACUACAAUCUUCUCCCCCGAAGGCCGAUUAUACCAGGUCGAAUACGCCCUUGAAGCCAUUUCGCACGCAGGCACAGCUCUAGGAAUAUUAGCAAAGGAUGGAAUCGUCCUCGCCGCUGAACGAAAAGUGACGAGCAAACUGCUUGAGCAGGAUACGUCUGCGGAGAAACUGUACAUCUUGAAUGACAACAUGAUAUGUGCUGUAGCGGGCAUGACUGCCGAUGCAAACAUCCUGAUCAACUACGCUCGACAAGCUGCACAACGCUAUCUCCUAACCUACAACGAAGACAUCCCCUGCGAACAGCUCGUACGACGGCUGUGUGAUCUCAAACAAGGCUACACACAGCACGGCGGUCUACGGCCGUUUGGUGUCUCUUUCAUCUAUGCCGGUUGGGAUCCUCAACGUCAAUUCCAAUUGUAUCAAAGCAAUCCUUCCGGAAACUACGGUGGAUGGAAGGCUACGAGUGUGGGAGCCAACAACGCAAGCGCACAGUCGCUGCUGAAACAAGAUUACAAGGAAGAAUGUGAUCUGAAAGAGGCAUGUGGAAUGGCGGUCAAGGUACUAAGCAAGACGAUGGAUUCGACAAAAUUGAGCAGCGAGAAGAUUGAAUUUGCUACAGUCGGGAAGACGGCAGACGGCAAGAUCUACCAUCAUCUGUGGUCGAGCGAAGAGAUCAUGACUCUUCUGAAAGAGCACGACCUUGCUAAGGAGGAGGAGGCCGAGACAGGCUAG